AUGUCCGAGUCCUCUCUCGAUCAGCAGGACACAGAGUCCAUCUCCUCAGUGGACAGCUUUGACUCAGCCCCCACUCUGGUCCAGAAGACAGUCACCCGAGAAGAAGCCCUCGAGCAAGCCAGCGAGAAUAUCGCCAAGAUGGGCAAGUCAAAGUUUGUCGACAAGCUCCUAAAGCCAGCGGUAUCGAAGUGGCUGACCGAGCCCAUCCUUCGUGUACUCCCUUCCGAGAUGAAGCACACCGUUCACACUUGGUGCCUGAGUCACGACCCACUGUGGUUUAACAAACUUUCAGAGUUCAUCGACGAAUAUAUCUCCGAAUGGGAGUACACUGUUGAAGUCCCCAACCGACGGAAGGAUAUGGCCUGGUGCGGUAUGGGCGCUGAUAUCCUUCGUUUUUACGUCGCUGAUCUGCAGCCCUUGCGAAAGGGACUUCCAGAGCUGGAGCGUCGAGAGGUCGUGAACAAGGUCCGUCGGGGAGUCGCCCUCUUCGCUGAUUUUCAUGACGAGAAGAUGAAGGCGAUGGAACAGGAGGCGCACGGCCUUGUGCAGCAGGAGAGAGAAUCCAUGGAAAUUGAGCGCAGCGCUUUCGCCACUGCAUUUGAACUCCAGAACGAAGCCAUCGCUGAUUAG